AGCUUCAGUCAGCCAGUCGGUGCGCAGGAGAGCGGACGGAGCGGAGCGGCGCACCGGGAACCGGGAUCUUUACCACACACACGCACGCACGCACACACACUCACACGCACACGAGGCAGCAAGACCACAGCCCGCCGAGCGACCAGGAAGGAGCGGAUGGUGAUGGAGCUGUGAGGGCUGCGGGCGGACCGGGACCUGCCCCCCAAAGAAACGUUGCCGUUUUGUGUAUUUACCGUUUGUGCAAGAUCUCUUUUCCGCGACAUGGAGACGACGCGCUGCUGGCUGCUGCCGGCGGGACUUCUCGUCCUCAUCUGCCAGCAAGCCCGAGGAUACGCCUACAGGAACCAGCGCAAGUUCUCAGAAGACAUCGACUGGUCGUACGCAGGAACCUUGAAUCAGAACAACUGGGCCAAGAAGUUCCCGUCUUGCAGCAACGCCAAGCAGUCCCCCAUCGACAUCGAGGAGAACCUGGCCCAGGUGAAGCUGCAGUACCAGAAGCUGUCGUUCGAAGGCUGGGAGAGUCCGACGACCGGCGCCACGACCAUUAAGAACGACGGCAAGACCGUGGCGGUCGAUGUGGGCGGUGAGUUCUACGUCAGUGGAGGCGGCCUGAGGUCAAAGUUCAAGGUUGGACGCGUCACCUUCCACUGGGGGCGCUGCAACGCCUCCUCAGAGGGCUCCGAACACAGUCUGGAUGGAGUCAAGUUCCCUCUGGAGAUGCAGAUCUACUGCUACGAUGCGGAUCACUUCGCCUCGCUGGAUGAAACCAUCAAGGCCGGGGGGAGGAUCACGGCGCUCGCCGUGCUCUUCGAGACGAGCGUCAACGACAACCUGAACUUCAGCGCCAUCAUCGACGGUAUCAACAGCGUGAGCAGAUACGGGAAGAGCGCCCGGGUCCUGCCCUUCGCCCCGCUGGGCCUCCUGCCCAACUCCACAGAAAAGUACUUUGUCUACAACGGCUCCCUGACCUCGCCGCCCUGCAGCGAGACCGUGGAGUGGAUUGUCUUCAAGAGCACGGCGUCCGUCUCUGACGACCAGCUGGAGAUGUUCUGCGAGGUGAUGACGAUGCAGCAGGCCGGAUACGUGAUGCUGAUGGACUACCUGCAGAACAACUACAGGGAGCGGCAGCAGUUCAUGGGUCAGGUGUUCUCCUCCUACACCGGCACUGAGGAGGUGCUCACACCAGUGUGCAGCUCUGAGCCGGAGGACGUACAGGCCACGCCCCUCAACACCAGCAGCCUGCUGGUGACGUGGGAGCGGCCUCGGGCGGUGUACGACGCCGCCAUCGAGAAAUACUCCGUCACCUUCCGGCCGGCCGCCGCCGACACCGCCGCUACGUACCUGACCGACGGGGACCAGGACGUGGGGGCGAUGCUGGACGACCUGCUGGCCAACACCAGCUACGUGGUGCAGGUGGUGGCGGUCUGCACCAGCGGUCUGUACGGGCGUGUGAGCGAGCAGCUGACGGUCGCCAUGCCCGACCACGACGACGCCGAAGAUGUGCUGGAUCUGGAUUUGAUUGAAUUUGACGACGAGGAAAACUAUGAACCCGACCGGGCCUGGAACGAACCGGUCCAGACCGUCUGGGUACCCACAUCCACACAGCCCCCGAGGACCACGACGCCCCGGGUACCACUGUUACCCCCACUUGACGUCACCACAACAGCAGAAACUGGUCCGGUUCCCCCCGUCAAAUCGACCGAGCACGGUCGAAUCCUGGUUCCGUCUGAAGAGACGGCUCACCGCAGUACCUCCACCCGUCCACCAGAGGUCCCCCUCCCCACCCGACUAGCAGGAGAAGCUGACCUCACCGGCAGCGCUCCUCUUCCCUCCACAACCAGCAGCACCACCUCCACCGCUCCUUUGUACUCGGUUCAGGGAGGCGUUGGUCCAGCGGACUCCUCUUCUCCCGGCCCCCCCGGGGACGAGGGCAUUUCUUCACACAGCAGCACAGAGACAAUGCCAAGGUCCCGCAUGCCGCCACCCUUCGUCCAGGUGGAAACCGGAGACGUCUCACCCCGACCCAGAGGGCCGACGGAGAUCCAAACUCUGAUCUCCGAGACUUCCUCCUCAGGUGAAGCGACUCCACGGGGGCCCACGAGUCCCAGCGAGCCCCCCUUUCAGUCCAUCGCCACCUCCGUCCAGUUGAGUGGCGUUCUCUUGCAGACAACACAGCCAAUGUCCAACGGUGAGCCCCUCUCUGCCUCCUCCUCCACCCUCCCACCCUGUGACACCACGGACCCCUCCACCUGCCUGCAUGACCCUCCCUCCUCGUCUUGGCCCUUGUUGUCCACCCCUGCCCCGGACUCCCAGCAUGCCGCUACCACUCCGGCUUUCCCUCCAACCCCCCUGUUCCCUGACUCCACCCCUCCUCACUCCCCUCCCCCCUGGCCUCCCCUGUCUGGUUGGGAGACUGGUUCCCCCGGUGUCGGGGUCUACGAUAGCGAUAGCAAUGGUGAUAUGUUGUCUGGGUCUUGGUCCUGGUCAGCCCCUUCAGGUGACCACUCGGUGUUUAGUUACACGGCUCCCCUCAGAGUGGCGUCUGCCUCCCCCCGGGACCCCUCCCUCUCGACGGACUCUCUCUCUCUCGGCCCCUCCCUACAGCCUUCGGUUCUCCUCUCUGGUGACUUCGGCCCUUCCGGCGCCACUCCGGGCUUCGCCCGUUCUCUCUCGGUGGGGUGGGAGGACGCGAGGUACGCUGCGGGCAGCCCGGUGGAGUCCUUCCUCCCCGAGGUCAGCGGGGGGGGGUUCCCCUUCGACCCGCUGUGCGGCUGCUCCCUGGAGCCCACGGCCUCCACGCCCUGGGGGCACGCCUCUCCUCACACGCCCCUGCCCUCCUCUGCCUGGGACCCUGCUAGCUUAGCGCUUUACUCUGGCGGGGGCUUCUCUUCGUCCUCUGGUGUCGGUGUAGACGAUCUCCUUCGCUCCGUCUCCGUGUUGGGGGCCCGCGGCCCGUCCUCCCUCCCGCCCCCCGGCGCUCGCAUCUCUCCAACGUCGACCUCUUCGAACUACCUCCUCCUCGGGGUCGCCCCCAGUGACCGGCCCGUUUCUGUUGCAGCGCUCGAUCCCUUGUUAUCCGGAUCGGACGGGGACUCCUCCCCGCUGACCCCCGCCCUCGUUUCCUCUCCCACGGCCCCCCCAUUCACCCCCACCCCGGGAGGACGGGCGUUGGACACUAGCAGCGGCGCCUCUGGCUCGGCCCUGUUCCCCGACCCCCCGGAGGGCGAGGAUCAGGAGUGGGAGGGGGUUCAGACCUCGGCCUCCGGAGCGAGCGCCUCCACUCAUCCCAACAAGGCGCCGGCCCCCCCGUCCAUGCCCCCGGGGUCCGGCCGGUCCGCCGACGAUUCGGACGAGCACUCCUCAGCGUUCUAUUUCGACAGCGGGAGCGGCAGCGCCGUGGCCUCGGAGGCGGGGGCAAACGGCGACCCGCCGCCGGUGACGCCUGCUUCGCCCUGGUCAGCUGGGGGGGGGGAGGAGAGCGGCUCGGGGCAGGGCGGUCCGUAUGACAAUGAGACGUCCGACUUCAGUAUCUCCGAGCGCACGGAGAGAGAGUCGGAGGAAGAGGAGGAGCCAGUCGCAGACGCCAGCAACAGCAGCCACGAGUCGAGGGUGGGCUCCAUCCGGGACCGCGAGAGGGAGGCCAUGGUGCCUCUGGCCGUCAUCUCCACCCUCACGGGCCUGGGCCUGGUGGUGCUCGUCGGUAUCCUCGUCUACUGGAGGACGUGUUUUCAGACGGCUCACUUCUACAUCGACGACAACUCGUCACCCAGAGUCAUCUCACCGCCCGCCGCUGCAUUAACAUCUGAGGAACUGACUGCGUUCCCGGUGAAGCAGUUUGUGAAACACGUAGCCGAGCUUCACCAGGCUGACGGAUUCCAACGAGAGUUCCAGAUACUGAAGGAGAGCUACGAGGAGGUUCAGGCCUGCUCGGUGGACAUGGGGAUGACCACUGACAGCUCCAACCACCCUGACAACAGACCUAAGAACCGAUACAGCAACAUCCUGGCCUAUGACCACAGCCGAGUGCGACUAUCUCAGCAGGGGGACAAAGACGGGAAGGUGGGAGAUUACAUCAACGCCAACUACGUGGAUGGUUUUAAGAAGCCGCGGUCAUACAUUGCCGCUCAGGGUCCCCUGAAAACGAGCAUCGAGGACUUCUGGAGGAUGAUCUGGGAGCAAAAUGUCUGCGUCAUUGUUAUGAUCACCAACCUGGUGGAGAAAGGAAGAAGGAAGUGUGACCAGUACUGGCCGGCAGAGGUGCAGGAGGAGUUUGGCAGCUUCCUGGUGACGGUGAAGAGCAGCAGAGUACUCGCCUACUACACCCAGAGGACCUUCUCCGUGAGGAACACCAACGCCAAGAAGGGCUCCCAGAAGGGGCGGACCAACGAGCGGACUGUGACCCAGUACCAUUACACCCAGUGGCCCGACAUGGGUGUCCCGGAGCUCGCUCUGCCGCUGCUCAGCUUUGUCUGCAAGUCGUCCAAAGCCGGGGGGGAGGAGGCGGGGCCUGUGGUGGUGCACUGCAGCGCCGGCGUAGGCCGGACGGGCACGUACGUGGUCCUGGACAGCAUGCUGAAGCAGAUAAGGGAGGAGGGCACCGUCAACAUCACUGGCUUCCUCAAACACAUCCGCACACAGAGGAACAACCUGGUCCAGACCGAGGAACAGUACAUUUUUAUCCACGACGCUUUGGUGGAGGCGAUCCUGUCGAGGGAGACGGAGGUGGCGGCGGCUCAGCUGCACAGGUACGUGGACGAGCUGCUGACCCCGGUGCAUGCUGGGAGGACACGCCUGGAUAAACAGUUCAAGCUGGUGUGUCUCCCCGUUGGGGGGCAGUGCGACUCCUCUGCAGCGCUGCAGGACUGCAACCGCACGAAGAACCGCAGCGACUCGGCGCUCCCAGUCGAGAGGUCUCGAGUGCGCCUGUCCACGGCGGCGGGGGAAACCUGCGACUACAUUAACGCAUCGUACAUCUCAGGUUACAAGCAGAGCAGCGAGUUCAUCAUUACCCAGAACCCUUUGCCCGACACCAUAAAGGACUUCUGGAGGAUGAUAUGGGACCACAACAGCCAGGUCAUCGUGUCGCUGACGGGCUCUGGCGAGGAGGAGGCGGAUAUGUGCGCUGUCUGGCCUUGCAAAGGGCAGCCAAUCAGCUACGAGAUGUUCACGGUCAGCCAGAGGAGUGAGAACCUCGUGUGCCUGACCAACGAGGACAUGCUGGUGGUCCAGGACUACGUGCUGCAAGCUACACAGGAUGACUACGUUCUGGAUGUGAAACACUUCCGGGCCCCCCCCCGCUGGCCCAAUCCAGACAGCCCCAUCAGCAACACCUUCGAGCUCCUCAACCUGGUGAAAGAGGAGAGCGACGGCAAGGACGGCCCCAUCGUGGUCCACGACGAUGUGGGCGGAGCCACGGCGGGGACGUUCUGCGCUCUGACGUCUCUGACGCGUCAGCUGGACGCCGAGGGCUCGGUGGACGUCUUCCAAGUGGCCAAGCUGACGAACCUGAUGAGGCCGGGAGUCUUCAGCGACAUCGAGCAGUACCAGUUCCUGUACAGAGCCAUGCUGAGUCUCAUCGGGACGCAAGAAGAUGAGGAAACCCUCCAGUCCUCCGACGUCAACGGGACCAUCGUAGUGGGAACCGCCAGCACUGCAGAGAGCCUUGAAUCCCUGGUGUAACCCCCCCACAAAGAACUUAAAAAAGGAAAAAAAAAGGGCAACAGCCUUCAGUCCCUCCACUUCAUAUACAUCUACACCCCCUCCCUCCCUCCCCCGUCCCCGUCCCAGCAUCCAGGAGGACUCUGUCUGUCUGACUCCUGCAUCCCAACACUUUCUUCUUUGCUGGAUGCUGUUUUGUAACGUGUGCCUUUUCGUAUUUUUCAUUGUGUACUUCUAACUUUGAUACGCGCUGUAGACUAACUGUUUAACGUGUACCGGCCCGAGACCUUUCUACCAACUAUUCCUGAACCUUUGUAUUUAUUGGCACUGAGCCAAAUGAGGGGUGGGAGAAAAAAGGGAAACCUCAAUCUUUUUACAUCAAAUAAGAUAUUUUGUUAUCUUGUCUUUUGUAGGGCUUCUGUAAAUACCAACAGUAACAGCAGUCAAAUAUAAAAAGGGCCUUGAAUAAUACAAAUAAUAAUCUUAUGUAAAUAAUAUUAUAGUAAUCAACUCGAUGGACCAAAUUUCUAUUUAUACUUUUAGGUUUUUAUAUUUUACCAUUUGUAGCGCAUUCAAGUGUUUCAUUUUAAUUGCUUAGUUGGAGAACAUUAAUGCUUUUAUAUUCUGGGUUUUGUAACCGACUAAAUGCGAUGCAUGGGGUACUGACAUUUGUCUUUUAGCUGGACAUGAAAACACACUGCUGGAUUAUUAGUUAGAGGAUUAAAUAAGUGAAAGAACACACCUAGAA